AUGAACCAUAUUCAUAUAAUUAUUUUAUUAAGUUUUCUAUUGUCUAUUGGUUUCUUAUCAUCAAUUCUUUCAUGCGCUUUGUUUUCAAAUUGGCUUCCUUUAUCUGUUGUUGUUAUAUAUAUACUCGCACCUUUACCCAAUGCAAUAUGUAGUAGAAUGUCAGAUACGCAUGAUUUUAUUAAUGAUUCAUUUGGAAAUGGAGUUGAAAAUGUUGGACGAUUUAUCACGGGAAUUUUAAUUGUUUCGGGGAUUACAUUGCCUAUCACACUUGAACAUGCAGGGCUUAUUGUUAGACACGCAACUAUCAUGAGUAUAUCGGGUGGUCUUUUAAUAUAUAUAACAAUCCUAAUUUACUCAAAUAUAUUUAUGAAGGACAAUGCCGAAUUUUAA